GACCAUAACAAUAUUGUUGAAGUUUCAACACUUCAUAUAGAUACCUAAUAUUAAUUAUGGAACAAUUUCGAGAUUCAAUUCCAUUUUCAAUGAAUUGCGAAGAAAUUUUAAAACGACUUUGUAAAAUUAUCCUAAUUCAGUGUCAACAAAGGCAUGACUUGUUGCCUAAAAUGAAACACGAAUUCAGUGAUCGAAUUGAAUCUAAUAGAAAAUUGGAAAAAGUCAAAAAUAUUGAAGAUUUGUUUGCAAUAAUUAUUCGUAAAAGUUUAUGGCCAACAUCAAGCUCAAAUCAAGAACAGAUGGAAUCGCUGAAAAUAUUUUCUGAAAAAAUAUCAAACAACGAGUUCUCCCAGCUUUUAGCGAUUUAUCAACGAUUAAUGUUAGAAUCAACACAAGAUGUUAGAAAUAACAAAUAUGCUGACAGAAGAAGAAGCAAACAAAUUAGCGAUGAACAAAUUUCAUCAGCACCAUCAGCUGUUGAUUCAAGCGAAAAUGAAAGGAGAAAAAGAAUUUUUCGUGUCAUUGCCAAUAACUUAUCUAUAAAAGAUGAAUUCAAGAAAAUAACCAGAUAUCUGAUGUUUCCGGAUAAUCAAAUUGAUGAAAUUCUAAUACGACAUCAGGAUUCAAGAGCUAAUAUUAUUAUUUUCCUCGAUCAAUAUGAAAGACAAUACAAAUCUUAUGACAUGUUACUUAAAGCAUUGAGAUGGAGAAAAUCAAAAGAAAUAUUAAAAAUGCAGAAAUACGAAAAACUCGAAAAGAUUGGUGAAGGCACGUAUGGAACAGUAUUUAAAGGAAAGAAUAGAGAAACAUUAGAAAUUGUAGCGCUAAAACGAGUUCGAUUAGACGAAGAUGACGAAGGUGUUCCUUCCAGUGCGUUGCGGGAAAUAUGCUUACUAAAGGAACUUAAACAUAAAAACAUAGUUCGCUUAUAUGACGUUCUACAUAGUGAUAAGAAAUUAACUUUGGUUUUUGAGCAUUGUGAUCAAGAUUUGAAAAAAUAUUUCGAUUCACUGAAUGGAGAAAUAUCUCCUGAAAUUGUCAAAUCAUUCAUGUAUCAGAGAAUCUUCAAAUUGCUUGGCACUCCUACUGAAGAGACCUGGCCUGGCCUGACACAAUUACCUGAUUACAAACCUUUUACAUUGUAUUGUCACAUUGGCAAUUGGAGUCAAGUUGUACCAUUGAAUAUGAAAGGAAGAGAUUUACUUCAGAAACUUCUUGUUUGUCGUCCUACUUUACGAGCAAAUGCUGAACAGGCCAUGGCUCAUCCUUACUUUACAAUGACAGGAGAAGAAUCUCGAAAUGAGAGUGACAUAGAUGAAAACUCAAUAGAUUCCGCGGAAUUGAAAGGAUUUUUAAUGAAAUGGACAAAUUAUAUUCAUGGGUGGCAGUUGCGAUUUAUUGUCCUUAAAGAUUCGACAUUAUCGUACUACAAAUCAGAAGAAGAUUCUGAUUUUGGCUGUCGUGGUGCAAUUUGUUUGGAGAAGGCCACAGUUAAAGAAUCUGACAUUGACGAUUGUCGAUUCGAUAUCUCUGUAAAUAAUUUAGUUUGGUAUCUUCGAGCUGAAAAUCCAGAAGACAAGAAGAAUUGGGUUGAAGUUUUAAAAUCAUUCCACAUCGAGGAUGAGUUGAACCAAUUAAAACGACAUGGUAGUACUGUUUCGAUACAAUCAAAUACAUUAUCGACUACUAGCGGAAGUUCUCUUAAACACAAUAGUCGCAAUAUAAAAGAAAAGCUUGACGAGAUCGACACAUAUCGUAACAUUCUGAAUGAACAAAUAUCAACUCUUCAACGUUACUUCGACUUUUGUUCAAUUAAAGGAAUUAUAAAUGUAGAUACUGAAUGUGGUGGUCCAAAAGCAGUUGAUUUUAAAGGCGAAGCAAUAACAUUCCGUGAAACAACAUCAGUCGUUUUAUCAACACUCAAUAACUGUCUCGAAUUAAUCGUUUCAAAAGAAGAAGAUCUGAACAAGAAACUAGAAAAAGAGUUUGAAAAGCGAAAAAAAUUACAAGAUGAAUUAAAACAAAGUCAGGAUGAACUCUUUAGAUAUAAAAAAGCUUCAACAAUUGGUCCAGACAUGGAAGAAGAAGGUCCACAUUCAACGAUACCUGAAGAUGAAUUUUUUGAUGCUGUCGAAACGGGUCUUGAGAAGAUUGAAGAAGUACGACAGAUAAGAGUGAAAUUAAAGUUGCAAAAACAACAAACGCAAAUUGAAGCUGGCCAUGUCAUUCCAAUUGCUCAUGAAGAUGAUGAUUUUGGAACCGGAAAGCUUGCACAGUAUCAUUCACUAUGGCCAGAAAUAUCAAAAGUUUGUGAUGAACAAUUGCAUCACGCCUUACAAGGAGUUAGCGAUGAUAACUCUGGCUGGCAAUUGUUUGCAGAAGAAGGGGAAAUGAAGAUGUAUCGAAGAGAAGAAGAAAUUGAUGGAAUGGUAAUGGAUCCAUUAAAGUCAUGUCAUGUCAUCAAAGGAUGUACAGCCAGAGAAAUGUGUCAUUAUUUUUUCGAUCCAGCCUAUCGUAACGAUUGGGAGACAACACUUGAAGAUUGUCAUAUAUUAGAAGAGAUUUCAAAAGACACACUCGUUUUUCUUCAAACACAUAAAAGAAUAUGGCCAGCAAAUCAACGUGACGCUUUAUUCUGGUCGCAUAUGAGAUCGAUUCAAGAAGGAAUUGAGCCAGAUGCACACGAUGCAUGGAUUGUUUGUAAUCACUCAACUGAUAGUCCUUUUUAUCCGCCUGCUAAUCAAGGAAAAUGUAUAAGAAUCUUCUUGACUGUGAUUCUGCUUUGCCAAACAUUUGUACGGCCCCUGAAAAGUGGUGAACAAAUGACACGCGACGAUCUCACAUGCAAAAUCGCAUAUUGUUCCUCCGUUAACCCUGGAGGCUGGGUUAAGCCCACAAUUUUACGUGCUGUUUAUAAAAAAGAAUAUCCAAAGUUUCUUAAAAGGUUCACCAACUAUGUUCUCGAAACUGUAAAGAAUAAGCCAAUAAUGUUUUAAUUUUUUUCCUUUCUGUUUUUCUCUUUCACAACAUAAAAUAUAUUUACAAAUUGCAUUGAUAAAAAAAUACAGAAACAAAAAGACGCAUAAAUGAGAAUAUUUAAAGAAGAAAAAUAAACAAAUCUUAUAUUUUGUACAUCAA